AUGAAUUUAACACAUUCAUUAGUUUCACCAAUCUUUUUAGAAACACAUCCUGAAAUUGAUUUAUUAACAGAAAAUUUUAGCCAACUUAAGAUCUUUUACCAAACUGAGAAAGAUUAUGAAAUUUUUUCUGAAAACACGUGUAAUAUAGAAAAUGAAGAAGAAUUGCAAUAUUUCGAUAAUCAAGUUAUUACUCUGUUGCAAAUUAAAAAAUUUCAAAUAAUAUUUUCUCAAAAACCUAUUAAAGAAAAUAAUGAAGAACAAGAAGUUAAUAAAAAAUUAACUAUUAUUUUAGAUCAGCAAGAAAAAGAUGCAUUUAUUCGUAAACUUUGUAUGACAGUUUGUUAUAAAACCAAAACAUGUUUAACCAAAAUCGACCAUGAAUCUGCAUUUAAAAAUUUUGAUAAUAUUUGA